AUGGACACUUCGCCAUCUGCUACCAGCGCCCGCAAUUCGAUUGCUUCUUAUGGCUUUCUUGGUGGCUCGCCUUCCAAAGAAAGUACACAGAGGAUGAAUUUUGAAGACCACAAUCAGAGCUACAGCAGCUCAAUGAGCUUGGAGACCCUGAAAGACGUGGACGGUGAGGAUUUUCGUAAGGUAGCAUCGGACAAAGAGUUUUCCAAGGAGCCAGAAACAGUACAAGAAGAGGCUGCUAGCGAUGAGGUUGUUCGUGAGGACAGAAGUACAUCUUUAGGCGAAGAAGAAGAUCUUCGAGGUGCUGCAAUUGUCUCUGAAGAAAAGACGGAAGAUCAUGAAACUGCCUCUUUGCAUUAUUCAAGUGAUGCUGUUGAUGCCACUGAUACUGCUGGUACUGCUGAUACUCCUCAUGUCGAACGUGCAGAAAUGCAAUCAGAGCGAGCCGAAGAGAGCAUUGGUGAAUCAUCCUCAGAGCCAGAGCAGACUAGAAGGGCUGUUGCUUUCAAUGAGAAGGAAAAUCAGCAUAUAUUCAACACUGGCAUUACCCCAACGAAAGUGACACAAUUGGACCCGGAACAGAUUCAGAUUCGCAGAAGCUUUUCGGAUGGUGUCAUUGACAAUACCACCCUGGAGUACGUCCCAAUACGCUUAAAGUGUGGUAUAAACGUCAUGUGUGCUCCCCAAGUGCUUUCGGCGUCUCCGUUGGUUUUGAGAUGUCUACAAACGGAUGCCCAACGUUUGUUUACGAUACUACCCAGAUCGGUGCACGAUCUGUUACGGCGGACCAAGAUAUGGGUGAAUGCAUCCUACUCUUAUGGUUCCUUUGAUGAUCCCCAGAUACUACGGCAUUCCACGGCGCAUCACAGCGACGAGUGGCUGGUUAACAUUGCCAAGGAUAUACCUGAAAAGGCCUGCAGUAUUGAAAUUUAUGACUGCAGAUAUUAUGAACGGAUGCGAUUGCACUGGAAUGGGGCCGGUCUGUUGCUGCACGAGUUUUGCCAUCUGGUUCAUCAAUUCUGUCUUGGAUUGGAUAAUUCCAAAGUUAUGGAACUCUACCUAAAGGCGGAUUGCUCGGGGAAAUACAAUGAAACGCCGCGACGAGACUGGGCGGGAUGCGACAAGACUCACGAUAUGGCAUAUGCACUGGUGGAUCAAAAGGAGUUCUUCUCCGAAAUGUCUGUAAGCUACCUUAGCACUGGAUACCGGCAUUUGAACAAGGCUGAUAGUAGCGUGCUGGAAACUUGCUGUCCACCGAUCCUACUGCCAGAUGUCUUUGACAGAGUGCUGCGUCAACAUGGAAUCGACGACCCUCUGGAGCGGCCAGAAGACUCCAUGUGUUACAUCCUCAACUACGCCCAGCGGCGGCAUCCAAAACCAAAACUAGAAAUUGCAGAUCCCAUCUUUCGGGAACGAGCCAUUGCAACAAACUGUCGGAAGAUUCCAAUAUGCAACAAAUUCUACCCUUUCACUCGUGGACAAUUGAAACAUUAUGAUCCUUCCCUCUGCCACGCCAUGGGGGGCUUGUGGAAAGAAAUCGCUCGCUGGAAGGAUCCCGAGGCAGAGUCGUCUUCCAUAUGCGCAUUUCCAACUCUUUUUUAG